AGUCGACCCCGAGACACCGUUGAAAAAAAUAUUUAAAAUAUUAUUUUUAUGACAUGGAAAAACACGUGUUAUUUAUCAAAAAAUAAUACUCCAAUUUUAUUAAACUGGAAGCUGGAAUUAUUCUGGACAGCUGAUUUUCUUUAUUGCAGAUAUAUACUCUAGAUAAACUAAGCUGUUAACAUAAGCAGUUUGAUGGACACCAGAAUAAAUUUAAAGAGAGUAUCCUGUGAAAAAUUAUCAACUAAAAAAAUCAUGUUGAAUUGUUACCAUAGAUAGGAAGAUGCAAUGUCUAAUGCUACAAAGGUGACACUGUCAAAUCCAUCACGUCUUUAUAAAGCACUUGCUUGUCUUGUGCUUGCGUUGAUUGCUUUACAAUAUAUAUUGAGUGGUGGACUUGACACACGGCCUAUUGAAGGACUAUUUUCAACAAACGGAACAAGGUAUCCUGAACAUUCGCCUAGACAUCAUCAACGUGGUCUUAUAAUUUACGGAGCAGAAACAGUUCAAACAUAUCCAACAGUAAUUGUAAACCACACAUCAACAACAAUAGUAUCACCCCUUGUUGUUGGACUUCACGACGUCAAUAAUGCUACAAAGUUUGAUACAAAUACAACGAAAUUUAUUCCUCCUCUGAAUAAAAUAAUUUUCAAUUCAACUUUACAACAAAGAUGUCCUCUAAUACCUCCAAAUCUUGUUGGACCACUUGCAAUACUUAAAAAUCCACCAGAAAUGUCUGUACUUGAAACAAGACUUAAAGAUGUUAAUCAAGGUGGACGAGGAAACCCAAAAAAUUGUGCAUCACGUCAUCGUGUUGCAAUUAUUAUUCCAUAUAGAAAUCGUUAUGAACAUCUUGUAACAUUUCUCUACAAUUUACACCCAGUACUAUUGAGACAACAAAUUGAUUACCAAAUAUUUGUUGUCGAACAAGAAGGUACUGGACAAUUUAAUCGUGCAAUGUUGAUGAAUGUGGGCUCAGUUGAGGCAUUGAAAGAACGUCAAUUUGAUUGUUUUAUAUUUCACGAUGUUGAUCUUCUUCCUGAAGAUGAUAGAAAUCUUUACACAUGUCCAGAACAACCAAGGCAUAUGUCUGUUGCCGUUGAUAAAUUUAGAUACAGAUUACCAUAUGCAGAUUUAUUUGGAGGUGUAUCAGCAAUGUCUCGUGAACAUUUUCAAAUGGUUAAUGGAUUUAGUAAUGCAUUUUGGGGAUGGGGAGGUGAGGAUGAUGAUAUGGCUAAUAGAAUUAAAGCAAGAGGUCUUUACAUUUCUAGAUAUCCUGCAAAUAUUGCAAGAUAUAAAAUGUUAUCACAUCAAAAAGAAAAAGCCAAUCCCAAAAGAUAUGAAGUUUUAAGAUCAGGAGAAAAAAGAUUUACCACAGAUGGUCUUAAAAAUCUUCGCUAUGAAUUGAUCGAUAAGAAAAAAUUCAAGUUAUAUACCUGGCUUCUUGUUCGAUUAGCACCAAUGAAAAAAAAAAGCUGAUGGUUACCCUGGUUUGGUUGAAAUCUCAAACCAAUUUAAAACUUCUGCAUUUAUCUGAAAAAAAAUAAAUGAAUCAAGUCAGUAAUUAUAUAACACAAGAAAAAAACAAUCCUCGGGUAAAAAGAAAAGACAAAAACUUUACUUAAAAAAUCAAAAACGUCUAGCUGAGUGAUUAAAAAGCAAGUAAACUAUAAAUGAAUAAUUAAAUAAACAAAGAAAAUUAAAGCGCUUCAAGAACAAUAAUAAUAAUAAAAAAAAAAAAAGUUGAGGGGAUGUUUUUUUAUAUAUAGCAUCUCAUUUUAUCUUAAAUCCCAUAUUUUUUUAACGUCCUAGUAGUUAGAAUGUUUAUUGAGUACCGUUUUACUUAGAGCGUGCCAAAGUUGCAUUAAAAAAUAAUGAAUAUUAUAUAUAUAUUUGAAAAAAUAAAAAAACAUAAGUCAAUAAGACGAAAAAAAAAAAAGAGCAAAAGGAAAUGAACUGUAUAGUGAAUUUAUUAAGUCAUGAAGAAACAAUGCUGUGGUGAAAAAGUCAAUGAACCAAGAGAAAUAUUAUUAGUUUUUCUUUUUUUAAUUAUUAUUAUAAACAGCCAAUUAAAUAUAUCAUUGAGCAUAUUUUAAUGUCUAGAUAAUAAUUUCGUUGAGCGAAUUAUGUAUGUUGUGAUUAUAAGUAAUCUUUGAUAAGUUAAUUAACAAUCAAGCUCCUUUCUUUUUAUUUAUUCAACAAGUUCCAAGUAUUUUUUUUUUUUUCUUUGUAAUACUCUGUUUGCAUAAAAAAAAUAAGUAAAUAAAAAUUUCAAAAAUAAUGCAAACACAAUAUAAAUCUUCUUAAUAUCAAUAAAUAAUUUUUAAGAAUAUAAAUUAUUUAUAAGACAAUUUUUUUGAAAUUAAUUAUACAAAUAUUAAUAUUUAUUUAUAUAUUUUAUUUUUUUGUAAAAAUAUAAAGAGCUUAUUAUAAUUAUUAUUAGCUGUGAGAUAAUUCACGCUUAAAUAACGGUUGGCAAAGACAAUACAUGUUUCACAUGAAGCAGAAUAAUAACGAGAUUUAAAAAAUAAUGUUUUAAACUAUUCAUACUUUUUUUUUUAUCUUUUUGCAGUAGAGAAUAAUAAUA